CACCUGAGACGCGAGUCAGCAGCAGCCUUUGAUCAGCAGCGUCUCUCUUCAGAUUACCACACUGGGUUUUUUCACACAUUAUUGCGGCGGAAAACCCUGAAGGGAAAGAAAAACCGUGAUUCAGAACAUAGUAAGAAAAGCAACAGGUGGGAAAAAUGUUUCACCUGCAGCCAGUUGACUUUUAAACUCUUUAAAGUUGAUUUUUAUGUGUCCAAAUGUUCCAGUUUGUGCACCAAAAUGCUUUUUGGAGGAAAGGUGUCUUUCUUUGAAGAGACGAGUAUUCAGUUUAUAUUGUUUUAUUGCAGUGAAGCAUUUGGUCUUUAAUUGCAGUUACACCCCUCCUCCUCCUCCUUUGAAGAUGCUCUUUUGUGUUUAUCACUUCCCCUUAUUUUACAUCCAAAAAUUAAAUUUUGACCUUCAGUCUGUGAUAAAAUCUCAGAUGACUGCUUGAUAAAGUGUUAAUUACCUGUUGCUUAUCUUGGGAAACAUGCCAAGCACAGAUACAUGCCCUCUGAGUUAUUGACAUGUCAUCUAUUGUUGUGCUGGGAGUCCCACUGGUCAGAGUGUGGGAACCCCAGCCCAGCCUCAGCCACAUGGCUUUGUUAUGCUAAUCUCACACUAUAAAAUGAGGAGCAGCUCCUCCAGAGACAUCAGAGCUAACACUGCUGUCCAGAAGAAGCUGCUCACUUCACCUGCAAAGACAUGGCUCCCUGCUCCACCAACUACUCCUCUAUUCACCACAUCAGGAUUUCUGAGAGAGACAACAUCAAAUUAAGAAAACCUAUUGUGGAGAAAAUGCGCAGAGAUCGCAUCAACAGCUGCAUCGAGCAGCUCAAGAUCAUUCUGGAGAAAGAGUUUCACAAGCAAGAGCCCAACUCCAAGCUGGAGAAAGCCGACAUCCUGGAGAUGACUGUAAGCUUCCUAAGGCAGCAGCUGCAACCGGGCCUCUGCCAGAGCGACUACAGCCAAGGCUACUCUCACUGCUGGAGGGACUCUCUGCACUUCCUGUCUGCCGGCUCCAACACGGAGGCCUCUGUCACUCCUCUGCAGGGCCUCCAGCAGCAGGAGCAGCAGCUCCUCCAGGCCCAGAGAGCCAGCAGCUCCUCCCCAGACUGCUCCACCCUCAGGCCCACCACGCUGCAGGACGGCAGCAGCAGCAGCAGAGGUCCCGUAUGGAGGCCUUGGUAGAGACUCUGACACACAGACACUGUGAGACCUGAGGGGAGCUGCACUCUCCCUCACUAUAUGUAGGAAAUAUGCAUUUCCAGCCUGCUCAUUCAUGGCGGGUUUCCUUAUUGUCUCAUCACAUUGAUGGACAAGUAGUAAAAGCGAAGGCUCUCACUUAUUUUGAAGAUUGUCCUGCUUUGACUUUAAUUCACUGAUCUGAUGUUUUGAUGCUUUUUCUUUGUGUCUAAAGCUGGUUUUAAGUGAUGAUGGUUUUGUCAAAUCUUGUGAAAGGAUUGUUUACUCCAGUGGAGUUUAUCUUUGAACUGCUCGAUGUAACAGUAUAUAUCUGCCAUACUGUGUUAUACUGACAGCUGCUGUUGAGAAUAUUUCUCUUCUGUUUUGAAUUAUCUAUGCCAAACAUUUAAUGUUAUGGAUCAGGAUGAUGAUGAUGAUGAUGAUGAUGAUGAUGAUGAUGAUGUGUGUAUGUGUGUGUGUGUGUGUGUGUGUG